AGGUGGACUCCCAGGGAGUUGGGAACGCUCGAAGCAAGGGAGAGAAGCGAGAGAAAAAAAAGAAUCCAGCCGCAGAAGUACACCAUGCGCCUCCCCCGUGUGGGACGCCGUUGAUACUCCAAAUAAUAAUAACAUUAUGUCAACGUCGAGCCACAGCGGAGCCCGUUUGCUAUGGUUUUGUUCGGCUUACUCGCCGUUAUUGACGACCGCCUGGAACGCCGCCCCGCAACUACUCAGAUGGAUUAGGUAAUCCAGCACGGAUAAAGGCAUACAUUGCAAGGCGUGGAACACGGAUUCUGGUUUCCCACCAGAUGUGGGCGUUCACCGGCUAGAGGAGUUGAAGUCACGUCGAAUGAUGGCGUCACGUUGGGCUCAGUCUUGUGAUGACGAUCUCGAGCGACAACAAGCGAGAUCGUCGUUCUGUGAGAAUGACUCUGCCGAGUGGAGAGGCUUGGACCCGAGAGAAGAGGAAUCGUUUUCAUGGCCGAGACCCAAAACGGUGCUUCUGCGUCGCACUUGUCACGGAUUUGGCUUUACCCUGCGGCACUUCAUUGUGUACCCGCCGGAGUCAUCCACGCACUACUUCCUGGGGGAAGAUGUUGGGCGCAGAGGGAGACAGCGGAACAGGCUCGAGCCGAUGGACACUAUUUUCGUGAAGCAAGUCAAGGAGGGCGGUCCUGCACAUGGAGCUGGCCUCUGUACAGGUGAUCGCAUUGUGAAGGUGAAUUGCGCAAGUAUCAUUGGAACAUACUGUGAGGUUAUAUCUUUGAUCCAAGACAGCGGUGACUUUUUGGAACUUUGUGUGAUGCCCAAAGAUGAGGACAUACUACAGCUGGCCUACUCCCAGGAUGCCUACCUCCGUGGCCCCAACAGCUACAGUGGAAAUGCCUGUCACAUUCCUGAGCCGCCCUCUGUAUGCUACCCAAGAGUAGACUGUAAGCCUACGGGCAUGGCCCAAGCCACAGACUCAGCGGGUCCGGGCAUCAGGGGCUCAGCAGCACCUUCCGACUAUGGAUACCGCAAGGAGAUCACUGUGCCCCCAUCCUUCCCUCCUAAGUCAUAUCCAAAAAGUCAGAUGGCGGUGUGCAUGCGCAACGACAGUGUGAGGACGACAAUGGUGGUUCCACCUGAGCAUAUGGGACGUAUGGGUCCAGCACAUAGAAUAGAUUACAUGGAACCUGCAUUUGUAAGGGGGAGGCCUGCGUCAUUAGCGCAGUAUCCUCAUCCGCGAAAGGCAGAUGUCCAUCACGGCGGGCCAGGACUUGCUCCAUAUAGAGGCCCCACACCUCACUACCCAGCCACCCAACCAAAUAUUGAUUGGCGAACCUACCAAACGUAUAGGGAAUACAUUGACAACAAAGGAAUCCAUUCCCAUGGUAGUCGUAGUAUCCAGGAGAGGCUUGAUAGCCUGCGAGCUUCCAAUCAAAAUAGUUUUGAAACUUCACAUCACAUUCCCCAAAUGGGCUGGGGUCCGAAGGGGAUCCGCAGAAGGAGUACUUCCCAUGAACGCUCUUACCACGGACCGCCCCCCCACUUCCAAGUUGCCCCACGCAGUGCCUCCCAGGACCGCAUGAUCAGUUCUGAAAGGAUGAGCCACGCCAGGAACUGGCCACCAAGGAGCAUGUCUCAAGAUGGCCUUAUGCAUAAAAGACGGUCACACUCCACAGACUAUGUUGACCCAACAGAGAUUGCUCAGCCCAUUGAGAGGAGAGGAUAUCGAGGAGCAGAUCAUGGUAUGAGGCCCAGCAGACAGUCUAUGCCGAGACAGGCCAUGCUGUCCAGGCCUUCUGUUGUAUACAACAGUGGCCAGAGGGGGCCACACAAUCCUUCUAUGUACACUAAAGGACCCAAUUCUCUCCAGAACCACUCCUCACCCAUGCUCUCAGACAGACAGAAGCAAACAAGUGGUGACCAAAAUGCUAACCAUUCUGGCCACAAAAACCAUCAAGGCCACAACAGAGUGAGAGCUGAAAGCAUGCAACCUGUUGAGGCCAAGAGAGAUGUAACCUUUGUAGGGAAAAGGUCCUCUUCAUGCUCCACCCAAAAACAGAUGCCUCAGCGGUCUGGCAUCCUCAAACCGAGCCGUGAAGAUUCUCAAAGCCAGGCGACUGGACGUAGCCUCUCUGAGUCCGGGGUCGUCAUGAGGCCUAAGCCGCCGUCUGGAACGAACCCCAGCCCUCUGCGCCACCCCUCCUACAUCCUUGCUGUGAAUGAUGACGAGGGGGCAGAUUCCACUGCCGACGUCGCGGCAUGCUGGCUUCCCAACGACGCACGUCGGGAGAUGCAUAUACGUCGCCUCGGGGAACGUUACACCUCCUGCUCCAGCAACCUGGAUGAGUCAUUGGAUUCUAUUCCAUUCAUCGAUGAGCCCGUCAGCCCCAGUGUUGACAAGAAUGCUGCUCCUAUUCCACCCUCCGCUGUCAUAUCUGUCCCACCAUCAGUAGCCACAGGUCCUUCUAGUCCUGACUCACCAUGUCCUCCCAUUCGCCGACAGCUGUCACAUGACCAAGAGUCCCUGAGAAGUGCUUUGCUGGAGUCAGAAUCUGCCAGUCAAACUGAGCGGUCUAAAUCCUACGAUGAAGGUCUGGAUAAUUGCCAAGAAGACGGGAGAGGACUAUCUUCAAGUAAGCAUAUGCCAAGCCUCAGAGGCCUGAGAAAGGCACUGGAUGGGCAUAAAUCGUCCGGAGACUCUGGAUCUAAUAGGGAUUCCUCUGCAGAUAUCUUUUCUGACUCUUCCAAGGAAGGGUUGCUCAACUUUAGGCAGCUUUGUACCGAUAAAAAUAAGCGUGUUAGUGGAGGGAUGAAGUCAUGGAAGCAGAUGUAUGCAGUUCUACAAGGCCACACACUGACCCUCUUCAGGGACAGGAAAGAUGCGCUCUCGCACGUCACCACGCUGCCCGAUGAGGAGCCGCUACGAAUCAGCAUUAAGGCAUGCCUGAUUGACAUCUCCUAUAGCGACACACGGCGCAAGAAUGUGCUGCGUCUGACAACCUCCGAUUGCGAGUACUUAUUCCAGGCUGAAGGGAGGGAGGACAUGUUGACCUGGAUUCGAGUCAUUCAGGAAAACAGUAAUCCAGAUGAAGAGAAUGCUACGGUAACAAGUCAGGAUUUGAUCAGUCGAAAGAUCAAAGAAUACAACAUGAUGAGCGCGCCCAGCAGUAGGUCUGAACCUUCGCCCAAAACCUCCCGUCAGUCCUUGAGCAUCAAACAAGCCUUUUUGGGAGGGAAGACCGACAGCAAGAGCCACAGCCCCCAUUCCCCCAAAUCAGAAGAGCGGAGGACACUGAGAGAUGAGGCUAGUCCACCGAGGGACAGAGGUGCAUGGAAAAUUGGCAUCCCGGGCAUCAUGAGAAAACCAUUCGAAAAGAAGACACCGGCUGGCGUCACAUUUGGAGUGCGGCUGGAUGACUGUCCACCCGCACAGAGCAAUAGGUUUGUUCCCCUGAUCGUGGAGGUGUGUUGUAAUGUGGUGGAGGACAGAGGCUUGGAGUACACGGGGAUCUACAGAGUUCCUGGAAACAACGCCGCCAUCUCUAACAUGCAGGAGGAACUCAACACUAAAGGCAUUGCUGACAUCGACGUCCAAGAAGAUAAAUGGAGAGAUCUUAAUGUCAUCAGUAGUUUACUCAAGUCUUUUUUCCGAAAACUACCCGAACCCCUGUUUACAAAUGAGAAGUAUGCUGACUUUAUUGAAGCCAACAGAACAGAGAACUCCGUUGAGAGACUUAAGGAGCUGAAGAAGCUGAUCCAGGAACUGCCUGAUCACCACUAUGAAACCCUAAAAUUUCUCUGUGCUCACCUCAAGAGGGUGUCUGACAACUGUGAGAAAAACAAGAUGGAACCUCGAAAUCUGGCCAUUGUGUUUGGCCCGACGCUGGUCCGAACCUCCGAGGACAACAUGACAAACAUGGUCAACCACAUGCCUGACCAGUGCAAGAUAGUUGAGAACCUGAUCCAACAGUAUGACUGGUUCUUCACUGAAGACUGCGAUGAAGAUCCUGUUACGACGGCCGAGCAGGAAAGCACAGUGCAGUCUCAGCCUGUCCCCAACAUCGACCACCUGCUCUCCAACAUCGGACGGACGGCGAUGUCUCCGGGCGAAGUCUCAGAUUCAGCAUGUAGUGACUCCUCCAAAUCAAAGAGCCUCUGGGGGUCUGGGAAGGAUCAGUGUAGCAAAGAGAUGCUGCGCUCUUCCUUUUUCGUCAGCCGCAAGCGCAAGAAGUCCAAAGACAAAGCGCAGCCCAGCAGUUCGGAUGACGACCUGGACGCUUUCCCCAGGAAGGAGAUCCUGGGAGAGAGCCAGCAGCAGCCUCCUUGGUCUCCAGCGAGUCGCACUGAGGAGGAGGAGAGGGAGGAGGGCACCAGUGAGACAGAGCAGCCGAGGAACACCUCUGAGGAACAGCUCGACAAAGCCGACGAGACCGAGGUGCCUCCCGAACUCAGAGCCUCCUCACGUCUCGCCGGUUCUCCGUUCGCGUCACCCUCCCCCUCCCCGAGCUUCAACAGCCACCCGGCGGCAGCGGUCGCACACCAGGCCUCGCUGUCGGACCCGCCCUCCAACUACGACGACACGGUGUCCGACCUCGGUACAAUGAACAGCACCAGCUCCCGGGCCUCCGCACCAAGAACCAGACGCUGCAGGACGGCGCCCCUGGGACAGGAUGCGGGCGCCGGCGGGCCAGCAGCCGAAGUGUGCUCCAUCACCUCCGACUACUCCACCACGUCAUCCAUGACCUUCAUGACCGGCGGCGAGCUCAACACCCUGAGUCCGGAAGUGCGCUCCGUGGCGGAGAGCAGGGGAGGGGACGACGACGCCGACGACGAGCGGAGCGAGCUCUUCAGCGAGGGCCGGCCCGCCGAGACAGACAGCGAAAGCGACAUUUCCGUCUUCGCCGCGGCGUCGGCCGACCGCCGAGACCCGCAGGAGGCCCCGCGACCGUUGGCCUCCCACAGGCUCAUCGACUGCGACACGCUCUCCAGAAAGAAAGCCGCUCGACAGAAGACCGACAGCGAGUCCUCGCUGGAUGGCCCUCGCGCCGACAAAGAUUCCAACAGACUGUCGCUGGUUUCAGGCAAGGGUCGCUCCACCGGCAGCAUCAGCUCGUCGUCCCGCGGCGAGCUGGAUAAGGCGGAGCCGGCGUGGAAACUGAAGAUCACAGACCGGCUGAAAGUGCGUCUGCGCGUGUCAGUGGACGACAUGUUCGGCGUGGGCAGCCAGCGGAGCGUCGAGGGCCGCAGUAAGAAGAACAACAUCCGGCGCAGACACACCAUGGGCGGGCAGAGGGACUUUGCCGAGCUGGCGGUUCUGGGCGACUGGCCGCAUCAGGCCCUCUGCUCGGGCUCCCGCUCUGAGCUGUCGGCCGUGGACCGCCUGAGACCCAAAUGCAGCUCCCAGGACUUCUCCAUUGGCGACUGGAUCGCACGCGAACGCCAUCGCGCCAGCAAUCCCGAGGUGAGCCUGGACCUGGCUGAGCAGCAGGGGGCGCUGUGCGUAGGCAGCGGUCCUCACAGCUCCUCGGAACUCUCGCAUCGCGAGGCCGAGGCUUUGAACGGCGGCGCGCCGCAGGCUAAGAGUCUGAGCUUGUCGGCCACGGCGCACCCGCACAAACUGGCGAGUUCCCAGGUGGUCCACUCGCGCUUCUAUCAGUACCUGUGAGUCUGUUUGUGUGUGCUUUGGUCGUUCAAGUCUGUGUGAUGUUGGUGAAUGAGCAUGUUGUACGCGUAACGUAUUGUCAUGUGAAGUGCGUGUGAGACAAUAGCUGUGGACCUUGUGUUUAAGGCAUGGAACAAAUACGGUUUAUACAUCUAUUUUUUUAAUGAUAACCGAUGUGGGGACGGACCAGGCGCAGGACUUCCUCCCUCCUUACGCAAAUAUCUGCCACACUGAAGACUUGCCAAGCACAGUGACACAUGAAUGAAGGAGUAGAUUUUAAGAAAGAUUAGAAAAGGUAUAGAUUUAUAGUUUUUGCAGAUGAGUUAUUUUUGUGCAAAUAAAAGUGAUAGUAUAUGUGAACCAGUAACCAAAUGAAGAAUGUACAGACAGAUGUGCUCACCGUAACGCCGACUAAAAGCUUGAGACGCUUGUGUUCGUGCUAAAAUGUACGUACGUGCUCUGUGUGUACUUGAAUCACAUUUUCGGUACGACGUGCGCAAGGACUGCUGACGAGCUCUUUGCUGUGUCAAAGAGGCUUUUCCAAAGGUACAACGCUGACCAGAAGACAGUGGACUUACAGUAUGCACACGUUAAAUAAUACACUUCUUCGUGGUUCGAAAGAGCAGUGAACAAAAUGGAACAAAAAGUUGGGAGCAGAAAAUGGGUAAUGAAAUUGACAAAAAAAAAAAAAAAAAACUUAGGAAGUGCCUGACAAUGAAAUGUUAAGGGUGCCAUAUUGUCUUGUUAUACAGUACUGUGAAUGACCUUUUCCAUUGUUGACUGUCGUUCUACAGGUUCUCUAAGAAUAAUGCCGAUCUUCCAUUCCUGAGGCAUUCCACUCUGGUCUUAACACAUUUUCUACUUUGUUUCCACAGUUGGUUUUAAUUUUUUUCUUUAACAACUUGAAUUUUAAAUAUUCACUGUAAAAUACGUAACUUAAAUGUACAUACGGAUGCCACGUUUUAGCUGCUUUACUUCGCAUUUCCAUCCUACGUCGCAGGUUUCCGUACAGUCAUUGUGGGAUGAUGAUGAUGGUACAGCGUACGAGGAAGCGCAAACCAUGCAAAUGCUGCGUUCCGCAUGAUUGGGAGAGGAGUGCACAGACUCCGGAAACACUGGAAAUACAUUUUGUCAAUGGCGAUGA